UUGGUAGCUGUAAAUACAAAACCGGUUUUAAAUGUUCUUCUUCGUAAAUUUGAAGUAGGUAUUCUUCUGAGGAACUAUUAAAUGUCUGCCUUCUUCAUUAAUGUAUAUCCCAAUGCUUCCGUACACCAUUGCGCGUAAUUAAGCUAUUCCGGUAAUUAAGCUUUUCCGGAAUAUCAAUUCUAUAAAUGGAACGAGUGCAUCGUGUGGGGAGUUUGUUUGCUUGUUUGUUUAUUUGUUUCAUUCAUUGUUUGGAUUUUCCUCCUUAUGAUGACACAAGAUCAGAAACGUAGAUUUCUAUCAAACGUGCCACAUGCCUUGGGAUAGUAACGUUACGCAAUUUACGAACGCGGUAAACGAACACGUUUUUUCACACAUUUCGGUUUCCGGCUAUUUCGAUUUUUCAUAAAAAUAAAAUGGAUUAAUUAAAUCACCAAAAGGAUUUAUCCGCAAAUGGGACGCGGCUACGGUUAAAACUACCAUGCACAGAACCGGUCCUGUGCAAAGCCCAAAGCUUACGCUUACGGAAGGUCCCAAACGGGAAUCCCCGUAAAGCGAGAAAUUCCUGCUGACUACAGUAUAGCACUGUUUUCUUUCGGAUCGGUUACGGAUCGAUUACAUACACUUUGGCACAGCGGCUUCGUGAAUCAAACCGCCGUACGACUCCGUGGAGCAUCAAUAACUAUCCCUCCAGCGAGUGUACUGACGGCAUUGACAUACACCAGGGACGAACCGUAGCCAUUGGGUGUAUAAGUCAAAACGGGCUGACCGGAUCAAGUUUAUAGGGGUCAUCUCAUCUCUUGAAGUUCCUUGAUAACUGAUAGAGAGAGGGUGCCCCGUUUAUGCAUAUGUGUGUGAGUGUAUGUGUGUAUUUGUCUUCGCAGAAACGUUCCGCACUAUGGGCGGAGUUGCGAUUAGUUUACCCGUUAUGAUUCGAUAUAAAAGAUAGCAUCGAAAAGAAAUGUUAAAUAUUCAUACCCGCAAAAUAUGCUUGCGUCAUUAGCAGAUAAAAAUUAAUCGUAAGCAAUUAGUUUGGUUGAAAAAAAAACAAUCUUGCAAGUGUGAAAUUUGUAACCGGUUCAACAUUCUACCACUGUUCGGAUUUUCAUACAAUCGUGAUGAUUUCAUUAACAUAGCAUAAUAAAAAUAAAAAAAAGCUGAAUUAAACAAUGCUCCUCCGAGUGUUGUUUCCACCUAUUCCUUCUCUCACCGUAAUACUGGAGUGGUAGUGUGAGUGUGAUCAACAACAUCUUAGCUUCUCGCCUGCUUUACGAAAGAUGAUGAUCUUGUGCUGGGAUCUUGCCGAUUGGAGCAUCUACGAAUUGAUCAGUCAUUUUUAGACCUCUGCCUGCGUCGGAGAGUCGUCCAUAAAUCGAUCUGCGCUGUUUUUUAGGCUGCAAGGUUCGAUUUAUAAAUAUUAACUAUUACAACACUGGCAAAAAGGACGAUAUCUUCCCACAUACAUAUAGCAGUGCAAUGAUGGGCGUUCGAAGGAUUUUGGCAGCAUUGCUGCUGAUUACAUCCUCUAGCGGAGUGUUAUCACAGGAAGAUCCCGAAUGCAAAACACCGACCAUGUCAGACGGAUUCUGCGUGUCCAUUGAACGGUGCCGGAAUAUUUACUCCAUCAUUAUCUCGCCGACGCCACCUUCGCGAGGCAUUCAGAACUACAUCAACCGAGCGGCCUGCAGUCUGCCCGAUGUGCCCCGCAGCGUCUGUUGCCAACCGUUAGAGGUCGUACCCGCUCCCACAACAACUACAACGACAACAACGACCACCACUACUACCGUCGCUCCGAGUACCGUUGUCGCACCGGUCAAAACCAACGCCGGGCCAGUGAUGGUGACUGGCGUCGAGCCGGACGCUGGCGCCACGCUCAACUGGAAUCUGCUGCCAACGAGAAACUGCGGCACCAUCACGGUCAACCGGAUAGCGCACGGUAAUACGACACGCGUGUUUGAGUAUCCGUGGAUGGUGUUGCUGCGGUACGAAUCGAACGGUGUGCUGUCGGACCGAUGUGGUGGAUCGUUGAUAAAUAAUCGCUAUGUACUGACUGCGGCACAUUGUGUCCGGACAUCGAGCAGCAUCCGAUUGGUGAAAGUGCGACUAGGUGAGCAUGACAAACGCCAACAGAUUGACUGUCACGUGUACAGUGAUGGUGAAAAGGAUUGUGCAGAUCCGGCAGUCGAUGUCGACAUCGAGUCCAUGAUCGUGCACAAAGACUACAAUCGCCCGAUCAAGUUCCGGCACGACAUUGCCCUGCUAAGGAUGGCACAGGAAGUUGAGUUCUCGGAUUCCGUUAAACCAAUUUGCUUGCCGGUUAAUGAAGACGUAAGGCGAAAGGUAUUGCCAAAGUACAUCAUCACCGGCUGGGGUACGACGGAACAGCAAUCGUUGUCAGACCUGCUGCUGCAAGCCAUCGUUAACCAUGUGCCAGUACCGGAGUGUCAGCAAAAGAUGAACGAAAACUUCCUCUACGUUACGCUGGCGGACGAGUGGCAGAUGUGUGCGGCGGGCGAGGGGCUGGUCGAUUCCUGCCAGGGUGAUUCGGGUGGCCCGCUAGGGUUUAGCGUGGAUGUGGCUGGGGCAAAGUUUGUGCAGUUCGGAAUCGUAUCGGCAGGAGUGCGGUCCUGCGGAAAGGAAAGCGUGCCCGGCAUUUACACCCGUGUGACGAGCUACAUGAACUGGAUAGUGGCUAAUAUGAAGCCAUAAAAUUGGGUCGUUUGGUUGCGUCAAGCACUACUUUUUGGGGUUUAUCUGUGUCGAUGAUAGUAACUAAAUACGAUAACGAUAGGCAACUGGCAAUGAAUGUAAAAUAGCAAUAAAGAUAUGAAUUUUAAAUUUUACAAUACCCGUUGCGGAUAAUGCCUGGUUUGUU